CCGGAGACUCUUCACCUUAGCGAACUCCGUCUCUGCCUGGCCGCACUUCUCUGCCAACCUCAGGCCUAAGGCCAGGUCUUAUCCGUACACCGCGGGGCUCCAGAAGACCUAACACUACUUCGACUUCCUUGAGGGACGGCGUGGGCCGGCUCCCGCUCUACUCUAAACCUGUUUCUCUAUCCGUACGGUGAGAUACCUCGCCUUACUGAGGGCGCCCCUUACCUGGUGGUGCCGGGUUCCAAAGGUUAAAUUGUGAGAGUAGGUCCUGGCCCUCAGCCCCCGAUCCGAGGGCCCAAGCCCCAGAUCCCCACCUUGCUGUCCAGCCUGUCCCCGGUGUUAGGUGCUUCGAAACGCAAGCCCCUCCCCCCACCCCCUUGACGGCCUAUGGAUCAGUGUUUCCGGCGGCACCUGGGCCCUGUCACCAGCUCUCUUCCGGGGCCGGAACUAUCGUAGCCGAGUCCACGUUUCCCAGCCGGCCGAGUGAGAAGGAAGCAAAGGCAAGACCGCGCUCACCACUAAGAAAAGGAAGGGGCCGGGCCCUACGCACAGCAUUUUGGGAACGCGUGGUAUUCUGGGAGCGCGAGACCCGCCAUUCGCUUUGCUCACGCCUUCGCAGUCGCUAGAGUUGCCGCGGCGCCGGAAAGGAAGAGUAGGCCGGAGCCCGUGAGAGCUCUUUUCCUGCCAAGAUGUCUAUUGGUGUGCCGAUUAAAGUCCUACAUGAGGCUGAGGGUCACAUUGUGACAUGUGAGACAAACACUGGUGAGGUGUAUCGUGGGAAGCUCAUUGAGGCGGAGGACAACAUGAACUGCCAGAUGUCCAACAUCACAGUCACAUACAGAGACGGCCGAGUGGCACAGCUGGAGCAGGUGUACAUCCGUGGCAGCAAGAUCCGCUUUCUCAUUUUGCCUGACAUGCUGAAAAAUGCGCCCAUGUUAAAGAGCAUGAAAAAUAAAAACCAAGGCUCAGGGGCUGGCCGGGGAAAAGCUGCUAUUCUGAAGGCCCAAGUGGCUGCGAGAGGAAGAGGACGUGGAAUGGGGCGUGGAAACAUCUUCCAGAAGCGAAGAUAAAUUUAACUGUUGAACAGAACUUUGCCAUUAUUAUUUUCUUUUAGGUUAUCUGGAUUCAGGGGGGUGUGUGCUUAUGUAUAUGUUCUAGAUUUUCUUUUGACAUCUUUCUCUUUAGAUUAGGGGAAAUGUUAAACUAAAUAAAUAUGGUGGCCUUU